AAACAAAUCCUCAUGCGUCCUUGUCCCUGGCAACGGUCGUUCCCGAACACGGGGGGAGAUGGCGAGAUUGACCAAUUACUCCAAAGCGAUCUAGAAGAUCCCGAACAGAGGGUAGAUGGUGCCCGUCUUACACACGUCCCCGAAACCCACGUAAGCCCGCGAAGUCCAUGAGAUUGCAGCGGGGACAUGAGGCCACCGUCGCAUCAUGAAGGCUGAUCCGAGGAACACGGCAGCCGAAAUCAGCUCGAGCAAGAAAAGUGGCAUGACAGAGAGCUGAUACUUAGAAUUGGAGAGACAUUCAUCGCAAUGCCCUCAGGUCUAUAUGUGGAGCCAGAGCGUGUUUGGGACCAUGGUCAUCGACAAGCAACUUCACUCAUCACUACAGAAUAGCCUCCUCUUUUCAUAACUAGCCAUAGCCAUGAACAUCAUCAUCGUGGGCGCCGGGAUCGCCGGCCUCAGUGCUGGAGUUGGUCUGCGCAGGGCAGGCCAUAAAGUGACGAUUCUCGAGCAAUCAUCGCUGGUGCACGAAGUGGGCGCGGCCAUCACGAUCAAGCCCAAUGCCUCGCGGGUCCUCCAGUCGUGGGACUAUGUCCCGGAGCAGUCCGGCAUGGUUGCCAUACGCAGGGGCACCCUGAUCGACGGCACGAACAUGCAGACGUUGAUUCCCAACUACUACAAGGACUGCGAAUCGACAUAUGGCCAGCCCAUGUACGCCGUCCAUCGAGAAGACCUCCACAACCAGCUGAGACUGCUUGCUACUCAAACGGAGGGCGCCGGACGCCCCUGUGACGUCCAGGUGGGGUCCAAGGUUGUCAACUAUGACGCUGAGAAUGGCACGGUCACGACCGAAAGCGGCGAGGUCCUGCAGGGCGAUCUCAUUAUUGCCGCCGAUGGCGUGCAUUCGAAAGCUGUGAAGCACGUCAUCGGCGACGGGGUCGUCCAGGUUGGAGAUACGGGUUGGGCGUGUAUGCGGUGGCUGGUGCCGCGAGAGGAGUUCCUUUCCGACCCAGAGACCGCGCACAUGAUUCAAGACUCGUCCACGAGGUACUUCACGGCAGCCGGCGGUGCCGCUGGCUUGGUGUGGUACCCGUGUCGAAACAACGAGGUGCAGAACUUCUUGUACCUCUCACGGGAAUUCGACACCUCCCACGUCGGAGAAGAUUUCAGAGCGAUGGUGGAGUCAAGCCUGCCGGCGGAAUAUGCUAAGAAGCAUUUUGACCCGGCUCUGCAACCUACGUUCAAAAAAGCCAGAGACGUGAAGUUCUGGAAACUGGUCGCCAGAGGGCCGAUUCCCAAAUGGCACAAGGACCGCCUUCUCCUGAUUGGCGACGCAGCCCACCCCAUGCUCACCUUCCAGGGUCAAGGUGGUGGACAGGCCAUUGAGGACGGCGGAGCCCUUAGUGUUCUGUUUGACCAGCUCCAUGAUACAGGGGCUCUAGAGGAUCGGCUGCAACUGUUUGAGCAGGUCAGGCGCAACAGAGGCUCAGCUCUGCAGAUUCUUUCCGGCACCAACCCUCCGGCGUCGCAGAGUGUCCGCGAUGCUGCCGCCGCGUACCUUCCUGAUGGCCAGAGGUUUGAUUCCACCGACGAGAUUAACGAAUACGUGUUCUCGUACGAUGUGCUUGGAGAGUCCAAGGCGGCGCUGCUUGCCGCGGCGGCGUAGAAAGUUUGGAAAGAGUGCAAAGUAGGAGGACUUUGGUCGAUGACGGAAUGUAGCUGGCACUCUACGCAACACAUGUAACUACGGAACUCGCAGCUCAAUGAAUCAAUGUCUUUUCUUCUA